AUAAACGGCUGAAAAACGCCUAACAUUUACGUGUCGUGAAUUUUCAGUUGUUGAAUUUUUGGAGAGAAUUUCCGAGGUUAUUUCUUAUAUUUCAAGUAGUGAACAUUAUUCUAACUUUUCUCAGGCACGAAGAGGAGUGGAAACUACAAUGAAGUGGUUUGAAGGACAGAUUUCUAGUGCUAUCGCUCAGGCCAGGCAGCAGAAAAGUGUAUUUAUGGUAUACAUUCGAGGGUCAAAUGAGGAUUCCCAGAAGAUGGAUGCUACUUGGGAGGAAGAUGCAGUCAACAAAACUUGCCAAGAAUCGGGGAUUGUUGUCAUGCGGUUCCAAGCAGAUAGUGAGGAGUGCAAGCAGUUUUCUGUAUAUUACCCUGUUAUUUGCGUUCCUUGUGUGUAUCUAAUUUCGGGUGAGACUGGAGUCUUGAUCGAGAGCAUUGGAGGAUUUGCUUCAGCUCCAGACUUGGUGCAGAAAAUCAAGAAAGUCUAUGAGACUGUCAAACAGAAUCAGUCUGCAUCGACACCCCCUGAGCAACCUGCAGCUGCUCCACAAGUUGCUGCAGCCACUCCACCACCAGUACCACAGCCGUCAGCAACUCCUGUGCAACAGAGCAGCCAACCAGAGGUGCCAUCUACAUCCUCCUCAUCCGGAGCUCAGAAGGAGAGUGCUCAAGAGAGAGCAGCCAGGAUGAGACAGAAGAUGGAGGAGGUUCAUCGGAAGAAGGAACAGCAGAGAAAAGAGGCAGAGAAGCAAAAGGAGCUUGAACGGCGUAAAGUAGGUCAAGAAAUUCAAAAAGCUGAUCAGCAUCGAUCUGAACUACAGGCCAAGCAAGUAGCAGAUGAUCUCCGCAAACAACGUCUUGAUGACAAAUUAGCAAGAGAGAAGGUUCUUCAGCAGCUAGCCAGGGAUAAGGCAGAAAAAGAGGUUCGAUUCAGAUCAGAGAAAGAGCAGAGAGAACAGAAGAAGAUGCAAGCUCAGAAAGAAAAAGAAGAAACAUUGAAAGCAACACAGGCCAGGCAGGAAGCUGCCAAGCUUGAUACAGCCAGGAUACAAUUCCGGCUCCCAGAUGGUUCUACCAUGACCAAUCAGUUUGAUUCCAAGGCACCCCUUCAAGAAGCCCAAGAUUAUGUAAAAGAGAACGUUGGGACAACCCUGCCUGAAUUCACACUGUCCGUCACGUACCCGAGAAGAAAUUUUGGACCUGAUGACAUGCAGACGUCUUUCCUUGACCUAGGCUUAGCUCCAAGAGCAGCAAUAGUUGUAUUACCUGGAAAGCUAAUUCCUACAUCAUCCAAGUCCCAGGUAUCCGCAUCCAACGCUGGAGGCAUCAUCUCCUGGCUCCUAGCUCCAUUCCUCUUCAUCUACAACAUCAUCUACAAUGUCCUCUUUGGUUCCUCGGAGUCACCCUCCGGCCCCCAGCCUACCCCACCCUCACCAUCACAGACCCAUUCGGGUAUGGAGUCACCCGCUGGAGACAGGAGUAGCAGGGGUGCAGGGGCUAGACCGAAAAGUUCAUACGCAAGGAGAAGAACGCCAGCUUCUGGAAGCAACAGCGCUGAUUUUUCUCGACGGGAGGGCAACGUCCAUCGGUUAAACACUCAGCAAGAUGAGGAUGAUGAAAAUAAUACUUGGAAUGGAAACUCUACCCAACAAAUGUAACCAGACAGUAGAAAUAUAAUAAAUGAUGUUAGGACUAUACGAUAUGAUAAUGAUAUCAAAGUGUCCUGUCCUUGGUCAUCAAUGAAUAGAUGAUAUUGGGUAGGCUAUUUACUCUCACAGUAUGAUAGUUUCUCUGUAUGACACAUCUCAAAACGAGCUUAAAUUGCAGUUCAGCUGGCCAUGCAUGUAUUAAAUGUCCACUUAAUCAAACACACCAGAGUCCAAGAGAAAGGGUCAUGAAAGUGUUGUCUCUUUACCGACAGUUUCUCUUUUUCCGAUGAUUUAUUUGCUUGAAUAACCAGCUCAUGGGCAAAAAAAACAUUGUCUGUGAACAUUGAUUGUUCAUAAUGACAAAUGUAAUCGAGUGUAAAAAUCAGCCCUAUGACGAUAUAAGCAUGAUGCUCUGUGUUAGAGGAUGCAUACAGAUGCGGUGAGGAGAAGAAUACACAAAACGAUUACAUGGUGUCUGGUCAUAAAACUAAGUACCACCCCAUUCCACUCUGUUUAAUUGAGAAAAAUUGUUGAUAUAUAUACACGCUU